AUGGGAAGGCGCAAGAAGACCGGACUCGGUCGGGCGCUGCAGAGGAAGCAGCGCGAGGUGCGGUCGCAGACACACGCGGCGUCGUCGGCUCGGCACUCGCACGCUCUGGACCCACGGGCGGCAGAGCCCAUGUACGGAGUGGGCUCUGUGACAGAGACCAACGACUUGACGGCGUUUCUGGAGGCGGCCGAGCUGGCUGAGCGUGAUUUCACCGCCGAGCGCGGAGUGGCCCUGGUGGUGGCCUCCGAGUCGGCGGCGACGCACUCGCUCCUCCCGUCGGAUCUGGCUGAGCAGGAGAAGGUGAAGGCGCUACUGCAGGUCCCGCGCCGGCCGGGGUGGACGGCCGAGACGACCAAGGCCGAGCUGCAAAAGGCCGAGCGGACGUCGUUCCUCGAGUGGCGGGCACAGCUUGCGCAGAUCGAGCAGAACAAGGCUGUUCACGUGACGCCGUUUGAGAAGAACAUCAACAUGUGGCGCCAGCUGUGGCGGGUGGUGGAGAAGAGCCACGUGGUGGUCCAGAUCCUCGAUGCUCGCAACCCGGACCUCUUCCGAUGCACCUCGCUUGAGGACUACGUCAAGGACAUCGACCCGACCAAGCGCAACAUUCUGCUGGUGAACAAGGCCGAUCUCGUUCCGCGCGAAAUUCGUCUCCAAUGGGCCGCAGCUUGGGAGGAGGCCGGCAUCGAGGCUGUGUUCUUCUCGGCUGUUGCCGAGCAGGCCAAGCUCGACGCCGCCGCCAAGAUUGCUAACUCGCUUGUCGCUGACGAGUUUGACUCGGACGGCGACGACGACGUCGCCGCCGCUGCCAAGGCCGCCGAGCGCGAGGCUGACCUCGCCGCCGCCGAGCCGUCGGUGCUGGAGAACCUCGAGGGUCCGUGGGAGGCUGGCCACCUGCUCACUCGCAACGAGCUCAUUGCCCACCUCACCCGCACCGCGCGCUCCGUCCAGGCCCUCAUGGCCGAGGACGGCAACGUCGCGCCCGAUGGCCAGCUCCAGCAGGCCAUUGUCGGCCUUGUCGGCUACCCUAACGUUGGCAAGUCGUCGACCAUCAACGCGCUCUACGGCGCCAAGAAGACCUCGGUGGCGGCCACGCCCGGAAAGACUAAGCACUUCCAGACCCUCAUCCUCUCGGACGACAUCAUGCUCUGCGAUUGCCCAGGUCUCGUCUUCCCGUCGUUUGUCUCCUCGCAGGCCGAAAUGGUCUGCUCCGGUGUCCUGCCCAUUGACAACCUGCGCUCGUACUACGGCCCGGUCUCGCUCGUCUGCCAGCGCAUCCCGCGGGCUGUCCUAGAGGACGUCUACGGUGUCGCCCUCCCGCCGCCCGGCGAGGGCGAGGACCCCCACCGCGCCCCGUUUGUCACCGAGCUCCUCCAGGCCUACGCCUACAACCGUGGGUACAUGACCCAGCGCGGGCCUGACGAGUCGCGCGCCUCGCGCGUCAUCCUCAAGGACUACGUCUCGGGCAAGCUGCUCUACUGCUUCCGGCCCAACGAGGUCGCGCUCCACGAGGCUGCCGCAGCUGCUGCCGCCGAGCGCAACGCCGCCAUCUCGGGAAACCUCCUUCCCCAUAUUAUGACAGCAGCCGAGGGCUCGACCCCGGUUGCCGAUGGCCUCCGUGACGACAUCGACGCCGGCUUCCUCGCAUCCGUCCCGGCAACGGCGACCGGCGCCCGAAUCGUCACCCCAGGCACCUCAAACGCCGAAAAGGCUGCACCCAACUCGGAGCAGGCCAAGAAGCGCCGCGUCUUUGCAGACUCCAAGAUGGCCAAGGACCGCGCCAAGAUCGAUGCUGCGUUCUUCUCGCAGACCAAGGUCCAGGCCUACUCGCUCUCGUCAGCAGGCGCAACCUCGUCGUCGACUGCGGGUAUGGUCUUUGCCUCGAAGAAGGAGCGCCGCCAGGCCCGCGCCCGCGAGAAGGCCCAUGCCCGCGCCCGCAAGGCCGAGGAGGAGAAACGCGAGAAGCAGCUCCGCCUCUUGCGUAAGCUCCGCGAUGAGGCCGCUGCUCAGCCGACAGAGUGA